CACCAAAUUUAAUUUUACGAAAAAGUUGUUUUUCGCUAUGCCAAAUAUUCGUUAAAUAAAUUUACAUAAAAUGAUUAAAACUAAUUAUUUUGAUAACAACAUCGAUAAAUUAUUUAAUACACCUUCAAACAAUCAUGAACCAAAUUCUGAAGAAUUCUUAUAUGAUACCCCUUCAAACAAAACGACGCCAUUCCAAGCCUCGUCACCAAAAAGAGGCGCUCGAAAGAGCGAUAUGAGUAGCGGGGUAUUUUCCUUGGCUUCUUCUUAUGCCCUCGAGGAAGACGAAAAUAUCGACAAAGAAGGUGGCGAUGAUUUUUAUAAGGUGGUUUACGAUUGUCCUAAUAAAUUUGUCCCUUUGGUCCCCGUCAAGAUGCGCAAAUCUCGUUCACUUUUAUGCCUUGAAGGUAAGAAUAAUAGGGAGAACGUAAAUGAUGACGCCUCUCUCAUAAAUAGGAAUUUGCUGAACCAAAAUUUAUCUACCGAACCAUCUUACGACCUUCACGAAAUCAAGGCGCGCAAUACAUCACGCGAAAGCGAGCCCCCAAAAAUUGAUAAUACCAAAUCAGCCCGUGCCAGUUUUCCUCUUAAUUUCGCCGUUUCAUCUCACGACCAUAAUUCAAAAUUAUCAAGUCCCAAGCCUAGACCCACUUCUUUAAAAUUCCACCACUCGGAACAUCCCAUUUACUGCGAAACUGACGAUUCUAUCCGAAACCAUUUUCUAAAUUUUUUACCGCCUCUUCUGAGUAACGGAAAAAAUUCUCAAACGAAUUCCGACUCAUCUUUACCCUUCAGCGAAUCUUAUCAUAUUGCCCUGACCGAGGCCAGGGCUGACUUUCAAGCCAUAAAUUCCCGACUCACCUUACUUUGUGCUUCUUGUUUGGAAUGCGAUAACGACGAAAUACCGACGGAACAAAUAUCCGAAACCGGUUCUUAUUUUUCGAUUUUAUAUGGAAGCUUUUGCGAGCUCGUCGGGAGUUCGUUACAAGGGCUGGAAAAGUUAAGCCACUGGGUCGCCCUUAUUUCCCGUGAUGACCAAUCUGAACAUAUUGUUGAUAAAUUCAGUAAAUCGAACAUUCAGUUGAAUAGCGGGAAAAGGGCUAAGCAGCAGCCUACGAAAAAACUGGUAGACACUACGAGCCCGAUUACGAGAGCUAUCAAAGAGAUUAAUGGCGCACUUGCCAUAAUGGAGACGAGCAUUUCCCUGGCCAGAGCCCUGAUUGAUCAUUAUGGUCCAAAAGCUGAAAAUUAUUUUAAAAGGAAGGACGCUAGGAAGAGUCUUAGGAAAGUGGUCAAAGAUACAUUCGCUAUCAACGACGUUAGCAUGACCAGCAAAGGAUGGGGGGCAGUUAAAAAAGACAUCGCCCGAGAAUUAUUCGCUUCUAUCAGCAGAUCAAAAUUCGGUAAAAAUAGCAAGGAAUUAGUACACCAUUUUUCCGCUAUUAAAACUGACAAAACGAAGGAACAAUUCGCUCCCUCGAAUUCGUUCGAGCUUAUAUCCUCGCGAGAAAAUUCCAAACUGUGUCGAACGUUGGCCAAAGCCAUCCUUAUAGUCAAGAGCGUCCUCUCCGAUCUUCUCCUCAAUCAAUUCGACCUCGAAUUCUCGAUUCCGGUAAACGUCUCCUUAGCCAAUCUAAAUAUUUCCCGUAUGACUAGUCGCCCUUUGCCCAUUCCCCCUACCAAACCAUCUCUUUCUCUCUUUCCCCUGAGUACUUUUGAAUCAAUUGACCAUAGCCCCGCGAACGCCUUUAGACCCAGUUCUAACCCCGAAGUAGUAUUCGAUCAAAACGCUUCUAAUGACUAUACAUUUAAUCAGCGUAUACAAUCCACGCUUUCCGGUACAGAUUUUGUCGAUGAUUCAAAAAACUCAGAAAAAUCGCCUAUUUCUUCUACCCAAGCGACCCUUGACAUAUUAAUAAAUCAAUUAACCAUGAAAAAUUCGGACCUAAGUACCCUCUCGGAGACACUUAAAGGCGUCAUAACGACCUUGGCUCAAUUGCUACUUUCUUUACGAGGAAGGGGGGACGCUAAUAUUUCUGAGGCCGUUACCUCCUUGACUUUAGCCAUCUUAAAACACGUCGAAAGUAUUCGAAAUUCGGCGUUUUGUCAAGAAGACGUCAUGAAAAGUAUACAGGAAAAUGCCAGCUCCCUUGAUUUCUCCGCCGAUGAGACUAAACGAAAAGCUUUGGAGGAUAACUUGAAACUCAUUCGCGAAAUCCGCUCCCGCUUUACGCCCAUUCAAAAUGCUUGCGGGUAUAAAUUCGAUCACAUAUCCAAGCAAAUCAUGGAUAACUUAUCGGGACAAGUCGAUGCGCUAUCUGGUAUCGAUGAUCUGGUCGAGGCCAUGAGAGAAAUAUGGAGGUCGGCCACAUGCCUCAAAGACGCUUCCUCUUUAGCCACAUCGGCCAUCGUCUCUUCCCUAAAUGCCCUUUUACAUAUUUAGCGCUUAAAUCAAACGUGAAUCUUAUUUUUGUAUAUUUUUAAAAUCUCAAUUAUUUCGAUGAAUAAUAAUCUCAUCACCCAACUCAAAAUCAAUUUAGCCAAGUCAAUCAAUCUCCUUACCCCUCUUGAAUUAAUGUGAUCAACAAUUAAAAUAAAUCAAACUCAAAAAAAAUCAUAUUAUUAUAGCCAAUUUUAAUUAUUUUCUUUUUUUUUCAAUUCUGCAUUUUUUAUUAUAAUAGUGGGAGUAAGUGGCGCAAAUCAUAUUUCGUCUAUAAUUUUGCUUCCCAACUUAUCUCUAAAAAUGAAAUUUCUCGCAUUUAAUAGAAACAACACAAUCAUUCCCAAUUUUUUUACAUAUAUUUAUAGUAAUAUAUAUAUUUUUUUACUAAAUAUAAAAUUUAUAAUAUAUUUUGUUUGCCAAAAGAAGAAUUGGCGCUUUAAAAAAAAAAUAUGUAUCAAAUUUUCCGGUUCGGUUUAUAUCUCUCGACUUGGGUUCUAAAAUUUUAAUUUUAAGCUCGACCAGCCCGGGUUUUAAAAAUGUUUUAGACCCGACCCGGGUAUAUUUAAAAAAUUAGAAUCCCGGUUUAGGGCCGGGCCUGCAUUUCUCUGGUUUCUGCUUUAUUUUAUUAUUUUAUAGAAUCAAUCCCUUUAUACUAUUCUUCUUUUUUUUAUAACUAGUCAUUAUAUUUUUUUUAAAUUUAAUAAUUUUAAAUUAUCAUUUAUUUUUAUAUUUAGUUUGAUUUUGAAUAAAUAUUAUCAUAUUGUGUUUUUU